CCACUUCCAGCUUCGAAUACAGUAUCCACGACAAUUGCUUACCUUUUCCCACAUCAUAUUCAACAAUGACCUCCGAGACUCUCGUUUCUGAUAACUCUACCGUUUCUUCACCUCCCGCCAAACGUGCCAAGACUGCCGGUACCAUGGAAGGUCUUCCACCAUUGCAGAUUAAGAAGCUUUCUGACAAGGGACGUUUGCCUACUCGUGGGAGUGCCUUUGCUGCUGGCUAUGAUAUCUACGCUGCUCGCGACACAACUAUUCCCGCCCGUGGCAAGGCGCUAGUUGACACUGAUAUCAGUAUGGCUGUGCCUGCCGGAACCUAUGGACGCAUCGCCCCUCGAUCGGGUCUCGCGUCCAAGCAUUUCAUUGACACAGGCGCUGGUGUCAUCGAUGCCGAUUAUCGCGGUCAGGUCAAGGUCCUGCUUUUCAACCAUAAUGAAUCCGACUUUGAGGUGAAGGAGGGCGACCGCAUUGCUCAACUUGUUCUGGAGCGCAUCUACACCCCCGAGGUUGUGGAGGUCCAAGAACUCGAGGAGAGUGUCCGAGGCGCUGGUGGCUUCGGCAGCACUGGUUAGAUAGCCAAGGGGCCUAUGCAGACGUCUCUUCUGCCAAGUUUCAUCAAUUAAUGAAUUGGCUUCUGGGCCAAUGCAAUAGAUUUACAGUACACAGUUGAGGAAGGCUGAUUAUUCAAGAGAAGCUCUCAGAGUGAAUUAUUUGACCCUCACAAGAGAUGUGAAAACUUGGAUGAAUUCAUGACGAGACGUCUAUUCCCAAACCUUUCUACCCAUUUCUAUUGCUGGCUUCUACUUUGGUGGCCAUUGUAACCUUGGACAACCCCCCUCCCACUAGAUCUAAAUGGCCUUCGCAAGGUAUUGCGUCGUGGGCGAGCGUAAGCAGUCCAAAUUCCUCACAAGUUGAAGUUCUGCCGCCU